GACAGCGCGUCCGCGGCCAGCAGCAUGGAGGUGACGGACCGCAUCGCCUCCCUGGAGCAGCGGGUCCAGAUGCAGGAGGACGACAUCCAGCUGCUGAAGUCGGCCCUGGCCGACGUGGUGCGGCGGCUGAACAUCACCGAGGAGCAGCAGGCCGUGCUCAGCCGGAAAGGCCCUACCAAAGCAAGACCGCUGGUGCAGACCUUGCCUUUACGAACCACCGUCAACAAUGGCACCGUGUUACCAAAGAAACCCAGCGGCUCUCUGCCGUCCCCCUCUGGGCCCAGGAAGGACGCUGCUGUGCCGGCAAUAACCAAAAGUACCAUCAAGAGGACCAGCUCUUCCGAACGAGUGUCUCCUGGCAGCCGACGGGAAAGCUACGGGGACUCCAAAGGCAACCGGAACCGCACAGGCUCCACCAGCAGCUCCUCCAGCGGCAAAAAGAACAGCGAAAGCAAACCCAAGGAGCCCGUCUUCAGCGCAGAGGAGGGCUACGUGAAGAUGUUCCUCCGCGGACGCCCGGUCACCAUGUACAUGCCCAGGGACCAGGUGGAGUCCUACAACCUGGAAGCAAAGGUGGACCUGCCGACCAAGAGACUGAAGCUGGAGUGGGUCUACGGGUACCGGGGCCGAGACUGUCGGAACAACCUGUACCUGCUGCCGACGGGCGAGACGGUGUACUUCAUCGCGUCCGUGGUCGUGCUCUACAACGUGGAGGAGCAGCUGCAGCGCCACUACGCCGGCCACAAUGACGACGUGAAGUGCCUAGCGGUUCAUCCGGAUAAGAUCACGAUAGCAACUGGACAGGUCGCGGGCACCUCCAAGGAUGGAAAACAAUUGCCCCCGCACGUGCGCAUCUGGGACUCUGUGACAUUGAAUACACUGCACGUCAUUGGAACCGGGUUUUUUGACCGAGCCGUCACCUGCAUUGCGUUCUCUAAAUCUAAUGGAGGGAGCAACCUGUGCGCUGUGGAUGAUUCCAACGACCACGUGCUGUCGGUGUGGGACUGGCAAAGGGAGGAGCGGCUGGCCGAUGUCAAGUGCUCCAAUGAAGCUGUGUUCGCCGUGGACUUCCACCCCACGGACACCAACAUAAUAGUUACCUGCGGGAAGUCACACCUCUACUUUUGGACGCUCGAAGGAAACUGCCUCUCCAAGAAGCAGGGAUUGUUCGAGAAGCAAGAGAAGCCAAAGUUUGUCCUCUGCGUGACUUUUUCUGAGAAUGGGGACACCAUUACCGGCGACUCGAGUGGCAACAUCUUGGUAUGGGGAAAAGGUACAAAUCGAAUAAGCUGCGCCAUUCAAGGGGCCCACGAGGGUGGUAUUUUUGCACUUUGUAUGUUAAGGGACGGCACCCUGGUGUCGGGAGGCGGGAAGGACCGAAAGCUCAUUUCCUGGAAUGGAAACUACCAGAAACUUCAUAAAACAGAGAUUCCAGAGCAGUUUGGCCCAAUACGGACGGUGGCCGAGGGCAAAGGGGACGUGAUCUUGAUAGGCACGACCAGGAACUUUGUUCUGCAGGGCACCCUGUCGGGGGACUUCGCCGCCAUCACUCAGGGUCACACCGACGAGCUCUGGGGGCUGGCCAUCCAUGCCUCAAAACCCCAGUUCCUGACCUGUGGGCACGACAGACAUGCCACUCUCUGGGACGCCGUCGGUCACCGGCCCGUCUGGGACAAAAUAAUAGAGGGUCCAGCUCAGUCUUCUGGUUUUCAUCCUUCAGGGUCUGUGGUUGCGGUUGGAACACUGACUGGGAGGUGGUUCGUGUUUGACACAGAAACGAAAGACUUGGUCACGGUGCACACAGACGGGAACGAGCAGCUGUCCGUGAUGCGGUACUCGCCAGAUGGGAAUUUCUUAGCAAUAGGCUCCCAUGACAACUGCAUCUAUAUAUACGGAGUCAGUGACCACGGGAGGAAGUACACGCGAGUUGGCAAGUGCUCGGGUCAUUCCAGCUUCAUCACUCACCUGGACUGGUCUGUGAACUCACAGUUCCUUGUGUCAAAUUCCGGAGACUAUGAAAUCCUUUACUGGGUUCCCUCUGCUUGUAAGCAAGUUGUCAGUGUGGAAACUACGAGAGACAUCGAAUGGGCUACAUACACGUGCACCUUGGGGUUCCAUGUCUUUGGAGUGUGGCCCGAAGGCUCAGAUGGAACUGACAUCAACGCCGUCUGUCGGGCCCACGAGAAAAAACUCCUGUCUACUGGCGAUGACUUCGGCAAAGUACACCUGUUCUCUUACCCUUGCUCGCAGUUCAGGGCUCCCAGCCACGUGUACAGUGGGCACAGCAGUCACGUCACCAACGUCGACUUCCUCUGUGACGACAGCCACCUCAUCUCCACGGGCGGCAAAGACACCAGCAUCAUGCAGUGGCGGGUCAUCUAGUGCCCGCAGGGACCGCGGCGCAGAGCAGGCCGGCGGCACGGACUCGGUUCCUCAGUCACUGUGAUUUCUGUCUUGUUUGAAAAGUCCUCACAAACCUCAGGAAAACCACUCCCUGUACCGGUUACCUUAGCGUAGUGGCCACGGCGGAUCAGCAGUUCAGGUCUCUCUGUUGUACAAUAUAGAAAACACGUUUAAUGUUAAAAAAAAAAAAGCCAAGGUUUACAUUACGGUGACAUCGACACAUUAACUGGUGUAUCCUUCGUAACUUUUCUAUGAACCCUGAAACGGUCACAGAAUGCCUUUUCAGACGCUGCGUGUAGGCUUUCCUCUCGCCACCGAGCCCGCUAAGCGGGACGUUUAUGCCGAGGUGCUGGAUCGCGACCGGUCGCUGUGGAUGAGCUGGUCCUAAAGGGACACACGGAUGGAGUCGCGAGAAGAAGCCACUGCACAGCUGAGUCAGGAACUGCAGCUACGACUUUACUUGGUUCUCUUGUGUAUGGUUCCCUUCGGGCCUCCCCCGGGAGGCUGGGGAGGGGGCUGAUUAACGCUCAGCCGGGCAUUCGGGCAUUUCCCAGUUGCAGUUAGACCGCCUGCCUACCCCACGCAGUCAGCCGCUUACCACCCCUGUGAGUGGCGCCCCCUUCUGGUCGCCGUUCACCUGCCCCAGGAACGGAGACAUUCGGCCACCUUCCUCUGUAUAUUCAUUGGCAUGAUACGGUAUUGUACUUGUAUAGGAUUUUAGCAACUCAUAAUAAAUACGUAAGGCUAGGCUUUACUAUUUUAUGCUUAUGGACAUUGUAUAUUUGUAUUUUAAGACCAAGUAGACCAAGUCAAAAAGAUACCACCAGCCCGCAGCGGGGGGAAGCCUGGGCGGCUCCGCCAGGCCCUCAAGGCAGCUGCUUGCCUGUCUUCUGUGCCUGGACGGCUCAUCUGGCUAUGAAAUAAGGUUGCGUUCUGCUCGGGGAAACGGAGGUGGCACCCAUUUGUCAAGAAGGCCUUACCCAUUUCGAUUGUGUGACAGACUGAAAUGUAUUGUUUACAUUGGGGAAUGUAUCUCAGAUUUUAAAAUAGAAGAGUAAUAAGCAGACGUAAAAACAAAUAUUAAGAUCUUUACUUGUUCUAGGCAAGUAAGUGAGUUGAGCUAUCUGAACUCACAGCCCUGGCUGUUGAGCUGGCCCCCUGGGUGCGGCAUUGGGAAGCGUUUCGGUGACAGCUCCAGGCGGCUGCGGAGUGCAGGGCACCGGUGAGCAACAUGUAUUAAAGGUGAAUCUGUUUCUAUGUAUCCUUAUCAAAUAUAUUCUGUAAUGAAAUAAAAUCUGAAAAGUGGAUUUCUUAUUGACCUAUAAUCAUGAAAGUAUAUAAAUUAAAAUAUUUAAAAUUA